AUGCUCACACUCGAAGAGCGGAAAAUGCGCCGAUCGCGGAAAGCCGGUGGACCGGCGAUGAUGUUCAGCGGAAAAGUAUCGCGCGAGCACGCAUGGAUUGUGUCGCUGUGCGUGCUGGCACUGGCGACGGUGCUUGUGCUCGACACCGGUGUGGAUGCGUACCGAGUAUAUCCGCUGAUGGCUCGACACCGGUUCGGUCCGAUGAUGAUGCGCCGGCCCGGGAUUCCGAUGAAGUUCACCGGUUUUGUGCGCUCCGAAAACCCGAACGCCGAUGGCGCCCUCGACGCAAAGAACGACGAGCCACAGGAGAGCGAAACGGAGCAGCCGGCCAUCGUUCGUGCCGGGCAGGCCGGGGACACGUUCCAGGGUGCGCCGAUGAUGCGUGAGAUGGUGCACCACAGUGAGUUCCCGGUGGAGAUCGACAUGGGCACGGAUAUGCAGGCGCGCGUCAUGGGCUUUGUCGGUGACGCCGAGGAGCUGGCGGCCGACGAAGGCAACUUUGGCCGCGCUGCCGGCGAAGGGGAGGGAGAGGAGGAGGAAGGUGGUGCCCAGUUUCGCCACAAGAAGCACAAGAAGCACAAGCACGUGAUCCACACGCACCAUCACUAUCACCAUAAGAAGGAGGGCUACGGGCAUGGUCACGGCCAUGGCGGGUACGGUCACGGAGGUCACGGUGGCUAUGGACACGGUCAUGGCCAUGGCCAUGGUCACGGUCACGGCUACGGUCAUGGCGACGGAGACGAUGGAGACGACUACGAGCCGACUUACGGUCACCACGGGCGCUAUCGGCGUCUAGCCUCGGAGGCCUCGGGCUCGCCGGAAUCGGCCGCCGACGCUCAGCCGACGCAGACACACACGCAGCACACAUCCCUAGGUCACCCGGAGGUUCCGGACUUCACGGACGCCACCGAGCUUCCGGCGGAAGUUACGGAGACUGGAGGCUAUCGGCAGUCCAUCAGCCGGAGGCAGCUGGUCCGCAGCAAGAACGAACGAUUGGCGCAGAUGGGACGCGAGCGGGCCUUCCGGGCGCACAGGUUGCGCUCGAUGGCAAAGCGUAUGAUCGAAGGUCUGGAGGGUAGGCGUGCGGGCUGGGCGACGGGUGGCGAGGAGGCACAGAAUGGUGACGGUGGUGGUGGUGGUGGCGGCGAGCGUGAAGGAAGCGUCCUUCCAAACCGUUGGCCAAACCGGCGGCGCAAUAUGGCAAAGUUGGAGUUGCGGCGUCGGAAGCAACCCGCGGCGCAGGAGAAGGUGGUCGAGAGGAGGACGGCCGCGGACGGUGGAGAGGUGGCACCACGACCAGCCAUUAAGGCCACCACAACGACAACGGUCAGCUCGACGACGGUGAGGAACCUCGUGGAGGAGGAGGAGGAGCCGGAGUGCGACAAAAUCUGUUCCAGCUUCUACAUUGAUGAACGUAAACGGACUUCCACAAGCACAACGCAACGUCCCGCCGGGCAUGACUUGGAGGAAUUCGUUGAGGAGCAAGGAGAAGACGAGGUGAUUGAAGGUUCGGACAUCAGCGAGCCUGCGGGAAGCAUUGAAGACCCUCUGGAGGCCAUGAUCGCAGAGAAAGAAGGCAAGUCCAAGACCAACUCGUUGGAAGCGAACGACAUCCAGCAGGAACCAUCCUCUACCAGGAACCCACUGUGGAGAGGUCUCUCCAAACGGCUGAAUGUGUUCCGGGAGCGACACCUCAAGAGUCCCCGUCGGAAACCAACGUAUCCACGACCGACGACACCUUCCACGGUCACUCCCCCGGAGUUGGCCACCAUCCGGCUGAUGGGUGACGAGCAGGAAGAUCACGAAUACGACUCGAACGAAAUCGUCGAGUACUACAACCAUGCCGACGUCGGGCGCGUCCUCUACCGGAUGGCGAACGGGAAGCUGUUCGAGGAACCACAAAGGCACCACCUUCGCCGCAGUCCCGACGACCAGGACAGCUGGCGCCAGCGACGGCUCGAUCGGUUGGCGGCUCGUCUAGGCCGAAAGCGCAAGAUGCCUUCAGCUGCCGCUAGUGAGCCACAGGUCGUCACCGACCCGUCGCCAGUAGUUGCCCCGACCGAGCCCAGCAAGUCGGUGGUUAACAUAGGCACGUUCCGAGUGGCCGAUCCUAGCAAAGUCGCCAACCAGCAGCAACCGAGCGACAUGGACAACUACAUCGCACAGAAGGUCCGCGAGUACUGCCAUAAGAGCUGUCCGGGUCAUCCACCACAGCCUCAGCCGGGUAUGGUCCAGUCCACCAGCAACGUGAUCGUGCCAACGAACGAGGUCGUCGGUUCCAGCCUGAUCGUUCAGCCGGGUUACGGCCAACCCGCUGCUGCACCCCCCGCCGCCCCCGCCGUAGCCGCACCCGCCGCACCCUGCCCGUCCAAGAUCGUCAAGUGCAUCCCGAGAGCGCUGGCGGAGCAGAAGGGCCAGCGGAAAAAGUCCACCAGCCAGGGCCAGACGAAGAAGGGUGCCCCCGAGGAGGCCAAAGAUGAUCCCAACCCGCUGGUUUCGUUCGCGUUGAGAAGAAUGCGCCAGCCGCCGCCCGCCCCGUUCCGUAACUUUAUGCAGAAGAUGAUGCGACCGUUCGGAGGACGGUUGUAG